AUGCGUGUCUCGUCAUCGGCCUUCUUGGCCACUCUACUGGCUGUGGCUGCUGCUAAGCCUGUCCCCGAGACUCAUGUUGUCCACGAGAGACGUGAUAUUGCCCAUCGUUUUACCACUUCGAAGUGGGUGAAGAGAGACAGACUAGAGAAGGAUACUGUCUUGCCUGUUCGCGUUGGCUUGAAGCAACAGAACUUGCACAAUGGCGCCGAAUAUCUGAUGGAUGUCACGAGAUUGACAUGCUCAGGUNCACACCCCGACUCUCCCAACUUUGGAAAACACUGGACAUCCGACGAGGUCAUCGCUAAAUUUGCGCCCUCAAACGAGACAUUGACUGCCGUUCGCGAUUGGCUUAUCAAGAACGGCAUCUCUGACCGCAGGAUCACCCAUUCAGACAAUAAGGCUUGGUUCGCAUUCGAUGCUACCACCCAGGAAGUCGAGGAUCUGCUACACACCCAGUACCAUGAGUUUGAGCACAGCUCCACUGGAAACUAUGUUGCAGCUUGUGACGAAUACCACGUCCCUAAGCACAUCCAAAACCACAUCGACUUUAUUUCUCCAGGUGUCAAGGGCGCCAACCUUCGCAAGCGCGAUGCGAAGAAAGCAAAGCGAACACUCAGAGGAUCUCCGGCUCGCAAGCAGGCGCCUUUCAUGCCCAAGAACAUCUCCUCUCUCAGCACUUGUGAUCAGGUCGUGACCCCGGUAUGUAUCCAGGCACUGUACCAGAUCGCCCCCAACGAUCCAUAUGCCAGAGUCAGCCUCAACAACUCGCUCGGUAUCUUCGAGGAAGGUGAUUACUACGCUCAGCAAGAUCUCAACCGUUUCUUCGGCAACUUCACACCUCAAAUUCCUAACGGCACCCAUCCCAUCCCCAACUUCAUCGAUGGUGCAAAGGCACCUGUCAGUUUGCAGCUCGCUGGCGGCGAGAGUGACUUGGACUUCCAAAUCGCUUACCCCCUGGUCUACCCUCAGACCACUACUUUGUACCAGACUGACGACAUCUACUACGCAUUCGGCAAUGAUCCUAACGCCACCGGUCUCUUCAACACCUUCUUUGACGCCAUUGAUGGUUCGUACUGCACGUACUCUGCUUAUGGUGAGACCGGCAACGAUCCAGUUCUUGACCCCAAAUACCCCAACACUGCCGCAAGCAACGGAUACAAGGGUGAACUCCAGUGCGGUGUUUACAAGCCCACCAAUGUCAUCUCUAUCUCAUAUGGCGAACAAGAACAGGACCUGCCUGCCUACUACCAGCAGCGUCAAUGCAACGAGUUGCUCAAGCUUGGUCUCCAGGGUGUUUCCGUCAUCGUUGCUUCUGGUGACACUGGUGUUGGCGGUAUCAGAGGUGACGGCUCCAUGAAUGGCUGCCUCGGAUCCAACGCUACUGUCUUCUCGCCCACUUAUCCCAACUCAUGCCCCUGGCUCACCAACGUUGGUGGCACCAAGAUUUAUCCUGGUCGCACCGUCCACGAGCCCGAGUCUGCAGUCAACGACCCUGAAUCUGGUUACUCAUCUGGAGGUGGUUUCUCUAACCUGUUUGAUAUUCCUGAUUACCAGGCUUCUGCUAUCAAGACUUACUUCGAGGACCACGACCCACCAUACAAGUACUACACCAAUGGCCAGUACAACAGCUCAGGCGGUGGAGUCUACAACCGCAACGGACGCGGUAUCCCCGAUGUCGCUGCCAAUGGAGACAAUUUCGGUAUCUUCAACGCCGGCCGUUUCAUUCUUGAGGGUGGUACUUCUGGCUCUGCACCCAUCUUCGCUUCUAUCAUCAACCGUAUCGUCGAAGAACGUCUUGCAGCAGGCAAGGGACCUCUUGGAUUCGUCAAUCCCACCCUCUACGAGCAUCCUGAGGUUCUCAACGACAUUGUCAACGGGACGAACCCUGGUUGUGGCACCCAAGGCUUUUCGGCAGUCAAGGGAUGGGACCCUGUUACUGGUAAGAGCGCAAACAGGCCCUAUAACAAAGUACAACGAUAA